AGUGGUGGAGCCGGAGCCGCCACAGCGUCCGAGCAGACGGGGAGGAGCGGGGAGCGGAGCGGAGCCUCGGGGCAGCCGCCGUCAUGCCGCCCCGCAAAAGAACCAAGCCGUCCACGGCCCAGCAGCCGAGCGCCGCCGCCGAGCCGGACGUGCCGGAGCCCGAGCCGCCGCCGCCUGCGGACGCCGCCGACGCCGCCAAGCCCCCGGACCCAGAGCCCCCGGGCCCCGAACCGGACCUGCGCAGCCUCGAGGAGAUCCUGGGGGCCGUGCCCCCGCCGCCGCCCCCGGCCAUGACCAACGAGGCGGGGGCGCCGCGCCUCAUGAUCACACACAUCGUGAACCUCAACUUCAAGUCGUACGCGGGCCGCAAGCUCCUGGGGCCCUUCCACAAGCGCUUCUCCUGCAUCAUCGGACCCAAUGGCAGCGGCAAGUCCAACGUCAUCGACUCGAUGCUUUUCGUGUUCGGCUACCGAGCCCAGAAGAUCCGCUCCAAGAAGCUGUCGGUGCUGAUCCACAACUCGGACGAGCACCGCGACCUGGACAGCUGCAGCGUGGAAGUGCACUUUCAGAAGAUCGUGGACAAGGAGGAGGACGACUACGAGGUGAUCCCGGACAGCGGCUUCUCCGUGUCCCGCACCGCUUACCGGGACAACUCCUCCGUGUACCACAUCAGCGGCAAGAAGGCCACCUUCCGCGACGUGGGCCACCUGCUGCGGAGCCACGGCAUCGACCUGGACCACAACCGCUUCCUGAUCCUGCAGGGUGAAGUUGAACAGAUUGCUAUGAUGAAACCAAAAGGCCAGACUGAACAUGAUGAGGGUAUGCUUGAAUAUUUAGAAGAUAUAAUAGGAUGUGGACGGCUAAAAGAGCCUAUUCAAGUCUUGUGUCGAAGAGUUGAAAUAUUAAAUGAGCAAAGAGGAGAGAAGUUAAACAGAGUUAAAAUGGUAGAAAAAGAAAAGGACGCCCUAGAAGGAGAGAAAAAUGCAGCCAUCGAAUUUCUUACCUUGGAAAAUGAAGUGUUCAAGAAAAAGAAUCAUGUCUGUCAGUAUUACAUUCAUGAUUUGCAGAAACGAAUUGCUGAAAUGGAAACUCAGAAGGAAAAAAUUCAUGAAGAUACAAAAGAUAUUAACAAGAAGAGCAGUAAACUAGCAGAUGAAAUGAAAGCCAAGACUAAAGCUUUAAAAGACGUUGAAAAGAAACUCAAUAAAGUUACAAAAUUUAUUGAGGAAAACAAAGAGAAAUUUACACAGCUGGAUUUGGAAGAUGUUCAAGUUAGGGAAAAAAUGAAACAUGCUAAAAAUAAGGCCAAGAAACUUGAAAAGCAGCUCCAAAAAGAUAAAGAAAAGGUUGAGGAGUUUAAAGGUGUACCUGCCAGCAGUGAAAAGAUAAUCACUGAAACAACAGCUAGAAAAACUAUUCUGGAAAAGGAAAAGGAGAAAGAGGAGGAAAAAUUAAAGCAAGUUAUGGAUAGCCUUAAACAGGAAACAAAGGAACUUCAGAAGGAAAAAGAGAGCCAAGAAAAAGAACUCAUGGAAUUUAGUAAAACUGUAAAUGAAGCUCGAUCUAAGAUGGAUGUUGCCCAGUCUGAAUUGGAUAUCUACCUCAGUCACCAUAAUACUGCUGUCUCUCAAUUAAGUGAGGCCAAGAAAGCCUUAACUACAGCUUCUGAGACUUUGAAAGAAAGGAAAGCUGCUAUUAGAGAUCUUGAAAUUAAAUUACCACCUACUGAACAGGACCUAAAGGAGAAAGAAAAUGAACUUCAAAAACUUACAAAAGAAGCAACAGAUAUUGAAAAUUCAGUUCGGGAUCUUAUUCAAAAAGUUGAAGAAGCAAAAAGUUCUUUUGCAACCAAUCAUAGUCGUGGAAAAGUUCUUAGUGCUUUGAUUCAACAGAAAAAAUCUGGCAAAAUUCCAGGAAUAUAUGGGAGAUUGGGAGACUUGGGAGCCAUUGAUGAAAAAUAUGACAUUGCCAUUUCAUCUUGCUGUGGUGCCCUAGACUACAUUGUUGUUGACACUAUAGAUACAGCCCAAGUCUGUGUGAAUUUCUUGAAGAAACAAAAUAUAGGGGUGGCGACGUUUAUAGGAUUAGAUAAGAUUAAAGUUUUAGAAAAAAAUAUGAAUCCAAUUCAAACUCCUGAAAACACACCUCGGUUAUUUGAUUUAGUAAAAGUCAAAGAUGAGAAUAUUCGUCGAGCCUUUUACUUUGCUUUACAUGACACUUUGGUAGCUAAUAACUUGGACCAGGCAACAAGAGUGGCCUUUCAGAAAGAUAAGAGAUGGAGAGUUGUGACAUUACAGGGACAAAUCAUAGAGCAAUCAGGUACAAUGACUGGCGGUGGGACCAAGCUAAUGAAAGGUAGAAUGGGCUCCUCCCUUGUCGUCGAAGUCUCAGAAGAAGAGGUAGCCCAAAUGGAGUCCAAAUUACAGAAAGACUCCCAGAAAGCUGUUCAAAUCCAAGAACGCAAAGCACAGCUUGAAGAGAUGGUGAUGAAACUACGUCAUAGGGUGCAAGAUAUGAGGAACACGUUGGAAAAGUUCACUGCAAGCAUCCAGAGUUUAUCAGAACAAGAAGCCUAUCUGGGUGUACAAGUUAAAGAGCUUGAAGCCAAUGUCCGUGAUACUGCCCCUGACAAAAAAAAGCAGAAAUUGCUAGAAACAAAUAUCAGCAUUUUCAAGAAAGAGUAUGAAUGUGUUGCUGCAAAGGCUGGCAAGGUCGAAGCCGAAGUCAAAAGGCUACACAAUUUAAUUGUGGAGAUCAAUAAUCAUAAGCUUAAAGCUCAGCAAGAUAAACUUGACAAGAUCAAUCACCAGUUGGACGAAUGUGCAUCUGCCAUCACGAAAGCCCAAGUAGCAGUAAAAACAGCAGACAGAAAUCUUAAAAAAGCACAAGAUUCUGUCCUUCGCACAGAGAAAGAAAUAAAGGAUAAUGAGAAGGAAGUGGAAGACCUAGGCCACGAACUAAAAAACCUUGAAGAGAAGGCAACUGAAGUCAUGAAGAAUUCCAAAGAAGCCGGGGAGUCUUUGCCUGAGAUCCAGAAGGAGCAUCACAACCUGCUUCAAGAAAUGAAAGCAAUUAAAGAAAAUGAACAUGCCCUUCAAAAUGAUGCACUUAGUAUUAAGUUAAAACUUGAACAGCUGGACAGUCACAUUGCUGAACAUCAUUCUAAAGUAAAAUACUGGCAGAAAGAGAUUUCAAGAAUAUCAUUGCAUCCAAUAGAAGAUAAGCCAGUUGAGGAGAUUUCUCCUCUGAGUCCAGAGGAUCUUGAAGCCAUCCAAAGUCCCGACUCACUAACGAAUCAGAUUGCUCUUCUUGAGGCCCAGUGCCAUGAGAUGAAGCCAAACCUCGGCUCCAUUGCCGAGUACAAGAAGAAGGAGGAGCUGUACCUGCAGCGGGUGGCCGAGCUAGACAAGAUCACGGCCGAGAGGGAGCGCUUCCGCCAGGCCUACGAGGACCUUCGGAAGCAGAGGCUGAACGAAUUCAUGGCGGGCUUUAACAUCAUCACCAACAAACUGAAAGAGAACUACCAGAUGCUGACUCUGGGAGGCGAUGCGGAGCUGGAGCUGGUGGACAGCCUGGACCCCUUCUCCGAAGGGAUCAUGUUCAGUGUUCGGCCACCCAAAAAAAGUUGGAAGAAGAUUUUUAAUCUUUCAGGAGGAGAGAAGACCCUCAGUUCCCUGGCGCUGGUUUUUGCUCUCCACCAUUAUAAGCCCACACCCCUUUAUUUCAUGGACGAAAUUGAUGCAGCCCUUGAUUUUAAAAAUGUGUCCAUUGUGGCAUUUUAUAUCUAUGAACAAACAAAAAAUGCCCAGUUUAUAAUCAUUUCACUUCGAAAUAAUAUGUUUGAGAUUGCUGAUCGACUGAUUGGAAUUUACAAGACCCACAACAUCACAAAAAGUGUGGCGAUAAAUCCUAAAGUCAUCGCGUCCAAAGGACUUUGCUGAUCCUCAGUCUGUUGUGACCAGUUGGGGAAAUGGCAAUCAACAAGGUGUAUUAUUGAUCUAUUUUUGUGCUCUUCCACUUUUGUAAAUAUAUUUUCAUAAAAUGUUUUUAUAUGUCCGA